AUGAUGAACUACGGAUUGCAAGCAAUGUCCAUGGGAUUUUUAGUGAGCCCAGAGAAGGCCGUGGCGUGGCGGGGUCUUUUGGUCCAAAAAGCACUCGAACAACUGCUGUUUGAGGUCGAUUGGAACAACCUGGACAUUCUAAUUCUUGACAUGCCCCCUGGAACGGGUGAUGUACAACUUACAAUGGCUCAGCAAGUCGCUAUAGAUGGGGCUGUGAUUGUGUCUACACCGCAAGAUAUUGCUUUGAUAGAUGCAGUUCGGGGAAUUGAUAUGUUCAAUAAAGUGCACAUUCCAAUACUCGGGAUGGUCCAAAAUAUGAGUAUGUUUGUUUGUCCAAAUUGUAACCAUGAGACGCAUAUAUUUGGGCAUGAUGGUGCAAUUGCCGAAGCGAAAUCUAGAGGUUUGGAUAUUCUGGGUUCUAUACCCCUACAUGCGGAUAUAUGUGCUAGUAGUGACAAAGGCAAGCCAAUUGUUGUAGCUUCUCCUGAUAGCUCACACUCACAAUGCUAUCAUAAGAUUGCUAAGGAGAUAAGAUCUAAAAUUAGCCUGUAG